UCCCUCGGUCCAGUGGUGUGUCCCCCGCAGCCCGUUUCACCGGCCAUCCUGGAUUCCAGGAGGCCGGCACCUUCAGUGUGGGCACCCGGCUGUGAGAGCUUGCUGCUUCACAGCCGGGUACCCACUGCACAUGCGCGAGUAGCGCUGCACUUCAUGAAUGGUCCUGUAGUCUUCUGGGACUUGUCACGUGUCCCAAAAGACUACAGGGAGGGAGGACACCUUCUGCAUAAUAUCGCUGCUGCAAUCUGACUAAAAGUGGGAGCAGGUACCUGUCAAAACCAGUUACCCCCGGCCCCCCCUAAAAAAAAAAAGUUCCAAAUGUGGCAGUGGAGGAGGGGAGGAUGCAAACAAGUGAAACUUCCCCUUUUGCUUGCAG